AUGGGCAGUCCCCGGGCGUGGCUGCUGCUGGCGCUCCUGGCCGGGCGUUGGGCGCAGCCAGGUCGGGCUCAGCCGUGCCCGAACGGGAAGAGCCCGCGGCAGCUCUGGAUGGGGAACGGCACCAAGUGCUGCCCCCUCUGCAACUGGGGGCCAGACCCUUCUCCGUGUGCGGCGACGAAUGACCACGACUGCAAAUGUCCCGAAGGCUUCGGCUGCGCCGACAAAGGGUGCCAGUUCUGCCAGAGUCUGCCCCAGUGUGGGCCAGGAUAUGAACCCAACAGGAGCGGAGCUGUGAAUUUCCAUUUCGAGUGCAAGCGCUGCGAGAGCGGGACCUUCUCCAGCAGCAGGAACAGCCGCUGCCGCAACUGGACCGACUGUGAGAGCAGAGGGCUCAUGACGCUCCGGGCAGGGAACAGCACCCACGACUCCGUGUGCGGCGAACCCGGGAUAACCCCGGAGCCAGCUCUGGUUUCCCUGGAAUUCCCCUCCAGCACCAUCCUGGCCAUCCUGACGGCAGUGGCCGUGUUUGUGCUCAUCCUGCUCACGUUCCUGCUGCACUUCUGCAUCUGGAGCUUCCGCGGGAACAAAAAAUUCCCGGCAGGAGAUUUGGGACCGCCCUUCCCCCGUCUGCCGCCGCCGCCGCUGCAGGGGGAGGAAUCCUACAGCAUCCAAUUCCCAGAGGAGGAGCACGGCGGCAAAACCACCGAGGAAAAACUCUCCAGCCUCUCCCUCAAAGUCUACAGCGAGAUCAGAUAA